AUGAGUGUAAGGCAAGGAGCUCAACACGGCUCCGAAAUGGGCUACCUGUUCAGCCCGGCCGCCCUUCAGCCCAUCAUAGACCGGCCUCUGACUGUCAAGGAAGAUUUCGUCAGCCAGAACCUCAAGAGGGCCGUCUACUCCUUCGCAAGCAAUAAACGGCCGACGCUAUGGCAGUACAGUCCGGUGUGGGAGAAAUUCAGCCCGGAGACGCCCUUCUACGCCGCCAUCGCCUCCAGCCAGAUCCUGAGGAACUACCAGCACCACCAGAUCGCCUUUUGGAACGACCUGCUGCCGGACCUCGCCUCCCUGGCCUUUAACCAGCUCAACGUAGAGUAG